CACUGGUUCCUAUUUUACCAAGCUGCAGAUGAUGAUGCUUUAAAUACUUCCAAUUCUGCUCCAGUAUUACCUUCCAACGAAUACGAGGAACGCAUUUGUUGGCUAUGCUACGUCUCCGAAUCAGAAUCCGACCCCAUAAACCAAACAGGUUGGUGCCGGCCAUGUUCUUGUCGUGGCGCCACAGGUUGGAUACACCAAUCGUGUCUUCAACGAUGGAUAGAUGACCAGCAGCAUGGAGAUAUAUAUGCAAAAGUUAACUGCAAAGUAUGUGGGUAUCAGUACCAGAUACUCUAUCCUAUGACUGGCCUAUUCCUUGGCAUCAUCGGCUAUAUUGAUCGCUUUCUCUCACAUAUGUCCCUCUAUCUAGCUGGUGUAAUAGUUGCAUCUGGGUUCUAUUGGUCGGCGACAUCAUUUGGCGCACUCACAUUGAUGCAACUGAUGGGCUCUGAGCAAGCGGUUGAGGCUAUCACCCUAACCGACCCACUCCUUCUUUUCGUCGGCCUGCCAUCAAUUCCUGUUUGCCUGAUUGCCAGCCAUCUAUUCGAUUGGCAUUACUAUGUUCUAAACUUUUGGCACCGCUAUCUGAGUCGACUGCCGAUUAUUCGCUACUUUAGUGGCUACAGUAAGCGAUCAAUAUAA